GCACCUGCGCAAUAGUGAUCCGCGGGUCGCGCUCGGCGGGGACCGGCCGGGGAGGACAUGCUGCCAAAUAGUGAUCCCCUGCCGCUGGUGGUCUCCUGAGGGGGCUGCGGGGUCCGCGGGCCGUCCCCUCGCUCCGCUCCUGCCCCCACAGCGCUCCCGGAGCCCCUCCGGCCUCCCAGCAGCGCCGCAGCGGCGGCGGGGCCUCUCCCAGGGCCCGGAGGGUGAGGAUCAAGUCUCAAUUUCUUCUGCUGAGUUGUGGAUACUGUUCAGGCUUCAAACUGGCGAUGUCAAGGGUACCGAGUCCCCCUCCUCCGGCAGAGAUGUCCAGUGGGCCCGUGGCAGAGAGCUGGUGCUACACACAGAUCAAGGUGGUGAAGUUCUCCUACAUGUGGACCAUCAACAACUUCAGCUUCUGCCGGGAGGAGAUGGGGGAGGUCAUCAAGAGCUCGACCUUCUCAUCUGGAGCCAACGAUAAGCUCAAAUGGUGUUUGCGUGUGAACCCCAAGGGCCUGGAUGAGGAGAGCAAGGAUUACCUGUCCCUGUACCUGCUGCUGGUGAGCUGCCCCAAGAGCGAGGUCCGAGCCAAGUUCAAGUUCUCCAUCCUCAACGCCAAAGGAGAGGAGACAAAAGCCAUGGAGAGCCAGCGUGCCUAUCGAUUCGUGCAAGGCAAGGACUGGGGCUUCAAGAAAUUCAUCAGGAGAGAUUUCCUGCUGGAUGAGGCCAACGGACUCCUUCCAGAUGACAAACUCACUCUGUUCUGUGAGGUGAGUGUGGUGCAGGACUCAGUGAACAUCUCUGGCCAGAACACCAUGAACAUGGUGAAGGUGCCCGAGUGCCGCCUGGCCGACGAGCUGGGCGGGCUCUGGGAGAACUCGCGGUUCACAGACUGCUGCCUCUGCGUGGCAGGCCAGGAGUUCAAGGGGCACAAAGCCAUCCUGGCAGCACGUUCCCCAGUGUUCAGCGCCAUGUUUGAGCACGAGAUGGAGGAGAGUAAAAAGAAUCGGGUUGAAAUCAAUGAUGUGGAGCCGGAAGUUUUUAAGGAAAUGAUGUGUUUUAUUUAUACUGGGAAGGCUCCAAAUCUUGACAAAAUGGCUGAUGACUUGCUGGCAGCUGCUGACAAGUACAUUAAGGACAGACUAAAAAAUAUGUGCACGGACGCCCUGUGCAGUAACCUGUCCGUGGAGAACGCGGCCGAGAUCCUCAUCCUGGCUGACCUGCACAGUGCUGACCAGCUCAAGACCCAGGCCGUGGACUUCAUCAACUACCACGCCUCGGAUGUCAUGGAGACGUCGGGCUGGAAGUCCAUGGUGGUGUCCCACCCCCACCUGGUGGCCGAGGCCUAUCGCUCCUUGGCCUCGGCACAGUGUCCCUUCCUGGGGCCGCCCCGGAAGCGACUGAAGCAAUCCUAAAGCCCUGCCCCACACCUCACCCCAUGUGUUUUUUUUUUCCUGGAAGCGGCUCCAGCUGGGGCCGCCUUGAAACCUUGACCACCAGGUAGACAGCGAAAUCUGUGGAGCUUUUACUCUGUUGUUGGGGGGAAGAGGCUGCUCCGUGACAUCCAGACUUUUUCAAACAGCACCAAGUAACUUUGGGAGAGGGGGGAGGGUGGGGGCUCUGGGGCUGUUCAACCUUCUGAAUCCCUGUCGCUGCGUCGUCUGUGUGUUCCCUUCACCUGGCUGAAGUCAGUUGAGCCCCGGGUCGGGAUCAGGCCCCGGCCUGAACGGGGCUGACCCCGGCGUUGGCACCGGGCAAACCAACGUCUCUGCGUCUGGCAGCACAGAACAAACGGGGGAUGCCUGGAGCAGGAGGACAUUUGGGCCUUGGAGAACAUUGGAGAGUGAAAAAAAACCAACAACAACGAGGAAAAAAAGGAUUUCCCUGAGGUUUUGGCAAAGGAAUUAAUUACCUGAUGGGAGCUCCAGUAGUAUUUAUAUCAAAAGUUAAACGAGUCCUUCCAGCUGAGCUAAAAACUGGACGUUUGUGCAACUCCCUAUUGCCAUCCAGCAACAAGAAGAUCAGUUUUCUCUGUUAGUAGCACUUGUAUGUUAUUGAAAAAAAAAAAAAAAACAACAACAAAGGAUAACCCCCCUCCCUUUUCUAUAAAUGUCAGGUUGGAGUGCAGGGGGCAGUGAGAGGCUGUGCUUUGAAAGGACUGGGAAGCCCUUUGCCUGAGGAGAGCAACGGUUUCUGUUUUAAAUAUCGUGGGAGAUGUUUUUUGGCAUUUUUCCCUGCUUUUUUUUUUUCUCCCCCCUCCUCCCCCUUUUUUUAAGAAAAAAAAAACAACAACAGCAACAAAAAAAAAAAAGAUAAAUUUUAUUGUUGAUGAAUGCUGCGUCUGAAGUCCCUGAGUUGCUAAAAUGAUUCUUAACAACUGUUUGUACCUGACUUGCCGACUGUAUAGGAGCCAGUCCUGUUCCUUUCUAUUAGUCACUUCUUACAGGAAAAGAUGUUUCAAAAUAGCUGGUAACUUUUUUUUUUUCUUUUUGAAAAUAUAAAUAAUUACUAUUUUGUACCGUG